AUGUCCACCAAGGCAGCCUUGCACGCCCCGCGGACACCCUUGGAUAGCAUAUUAAUAGGCGCAUUUAUGACGAAGAUGCUACCCAAUGUCCUCGGUACUGAUGGCACUGUGAAUCAGACUGGGACUCGCUUCAAUGCCUCGUUCACGGAAGAAAGCUUUUACCGACUGCGGCUGGUGAAUGUGCCUGUGAUACGCACUUCAAAUUCUCUAUAA